GAGAAGCUACAGCAGCGAGACCGCAAAGUCGUGAAAUUGCGAGAAAGUGCACUUAAGCAUAAGCAUAGAGCAGCUGAGCGGAACGAGGAAAACCAGGCACUGAGGGACCGAUUAAAGGAGAUGCUCUCAGUGAAUAUGGCGUCUGUUGUGUCAACGCCAAAGGGCACAACGUAG